AUGUUCCCUUCAUGGCUAGAAUAUUCUCCAACUAAUGAUGCUCUUUAUUGUUUACUUUGUUACUUGUUCAGUAAAAAAUCUAGUGGACAUCUCGGAGUUGAUGUGUUUACUAAAAAACGAUUUAAAACAUGGAGAAAGGUCAAUGCUGGAAAGAAAUGUGCUUUUCUUAAUCAUAUUGGAGUGAGUCAUUGUUCACCUCACAAUAAUUCUUUUAAAUCUUCUCAAGACUUGUUCAAUCAAUCAAUUCACAUCAGAAAUGUUCUUAAUGUGCAGUGUGCUGAUCAAGUCAGCCAAAAUAGACUUCGUCUCAAGAGCUCUACUCAUUCCAUUCGUUGGCUCACAUUUCAAGCUUGUUCCUUUAAAGGCCAUGACGAAUCACUUGGAUCAAAAAAUAGAGGUAACUUUCUUGAAAUGGUAAACCUCUUAGCGUCAUACAAUGAUGAACUUGCAAAAGUAGUACUAGAGAAUACUCCAUCAGGCACAAAUUCAUGUAGGUUGGAAUGGGGUCAAGUGACCCCACUUGAUUUUCCUUUUUAA